UCGCGAAGUGGACGUCGUUCGCAUCGGCCAUUUUUAUUUUGACGUUCUAUUUUUUUAAAUAUUGUGUGUUUCGUUUUUGGUGGCAAAAUAGUUUUUUCGUGUGUUUUAUAUGGAUUUUGGUCGAAAAAAUAGUGUUUUGAAGUGUUAUAUUUACGUCUAAAUACGUACAAAAUGUUAUGAAAAAAUCUAGACUGAAAAGUGAUGUGAAAAUCCAGCACAAUGUCUGAAAAAGAAGGACCAGUAACCGUUGAAGAUCUGCCUAUGUCAUUUCAAGUGAAAUACUUAGGCCAGAGUGAUGCACGAGGACUUUGGGGUAUCAAGCAUACGAGGAAACCUGUGGAUCAGAUGGUUGCAGUUGCCAAGGCACUUCCACCAGGCCAAAUCCUCCCUAUAGUGAAACUCACAAUCACAGUCGACGGCGUUCACUUGGAAACUAUCAACCACGGAGCCAGCCGUGAUGAGUUUGAGCAUAUGACAGUAUUCUUCAACAUAGAGUCUAUAUCCUAUGGGGUCCAAGACUUGGUAUAUACGAGGGUGUUUUCCAUGAUAAUUGUUAAGGAUAAUGCUGAUGUUAAAGGAUUGAAUCCGUUUGAGUGUCAUGCGUUCGUUUGUGAGUCGAGAAAUGCUGCAAGACGCCUCACGUACUCAUUAGCGGCUGCAUUCCAAGAUUAUUCUAGAAGGGUGAAAGAAAUGCAAGCCAAUGCAGAGUACGAUGAGAGCAAAGCGCCGAGUCCUAAAAAGAAGUUUGCUAUCGACCUUCGAACCCCCGAAGAGAUUGAGGCUGAACUGGAAACGGAGGCGUGAUAGGUAUAUUUUUUAAGACUGAGAGCUCUGCGUCAUUAGGACGCCAAUGGCGACGUCGCCGGCUACGUAUCCAAGCAAUUAAUAUUGAAAUGUAUGGUACCUAACUCACUUGGCGACGGUUUGGCAACGUCACCAAAUUGGAAGCGUGGCCACGAGCUACACUUCUCUACACGGCUUUUGGAUACUCUGGCAGCUUGGCGACGAUGCCACGGUUGCCACUAUAAUGUACACGGCGAUUUCUUCAGUGACAACAUAAACAAUGGACUAUCGAGACGCCAUGGCCACUCGACUUAGCGUCUUUUGGAUGCCAAAAGUAGCCAGGCCUACGCCGUUGGCGACGUCACCAUGGCGUCUUAAUGAAGCAGAGCUCUUAGCUUACUUAAGUGCGUCUACACGGUGCCUGUAGCUGGAGCAAGUUAACAUGCGCAAGUGACAAGUGACAAGAGCACGCGGGUGUGUAUUUGCUUUGGUACUUGCGCAAGUCGCUGGACCCGCACGUUUUUAAUGCAUGUAACCUGCGCAUGUGCCUCAACAUGCGCAAGCUACUUGCACCGUGUAGACGCACCCUAAGUAGAAUUAGCAACAAUAGUUGGUUAACUCAAUCAUCAUCUUAGCCUAGCCUUUUCCCAACUAUGUUGGAGUCGGCUUCCAGUCUAACCGGAUGCAACUGAGUGCAUAUCAUUGUUUUGUAAAAUUGAUUGUUUUAGUACGCUCUACUCUUGUUGCUGACUGUAUCAUGUAAAAAAUAAGGCUAUAUUUUGUAUAGAUAUCUAUCACGUAAAAUAGUUAUGUAUAUCUAAUCAUAUCAAUGGUAUUGUUGUUUAUUUUUGUCCUAAAUAUCAUUUAAUCGUCAUGAUUUUUUGCGCACAAUAAUUAAUUUAAGAAAAUACACUGGCUGUAAAAUUACUUACAGCAACAUACUAGUAGCGCCAUCUAUUAUGUAUGUUUUGAAACUGUCAUCGUAGUUACGUUUUUACUCACUAGAUGGCAUUAAACGUCACUUUAUUUUAAUAUUUUAUGCUUUGCUCGUGAAAAAAUGUAACAUUCCAAUAGAAUAUAGAAAAAGUAUUGAAUAGAAUUACUUAAUAUAUUGAUUGAAUAGUUAUCAAAUUAAGUAUUUACACUAUAUAUAUUUUGCACAAGAGGCUAAAUACCUGUUUAGUUUUUAGCGAAUAUUUUUUCUGGGGGCAACGAAAAUAUGAUGUGUGGCUACGGAAUAAAAUGGGUCUUUUUUGGAAAUUCUUUAUUUUUGAAUAAAUAUAAGUUGAAUAAAGUAAUUUAAAAAUUUUGAAAAUGUCUCUCGCUGCCCACAGCUAAAAUAAUUGUUAUUUAGAAUGUAAAUAAGCUUAUUAAGUAUUUGCUUAUGUAAUAAAUAAGAACCAAAAUCGACAUUCCUGGCGAAAUCUUGACUUAAGUAAAAAAUACGGUAUUAGGUAUUAAGAUAUUAUUAUCUAAAUCCGAGCCAAAAACUAUUUUUGUAAGAAUAUUGAAAAAUAUUCAUUGUUGUUUCAAAAUGUUUUUGUUUAUAUUUUUUCAAAAAAAUGUAGAACUAUAGGGGAUGACCAUAGAGAGAGAACCGUAUAGAUGAACUACCUAUCUAAGAUUUUUUUUCAGUUCAAAAUAUGUAGUUGAAAUCAGAAUUCUCAACGGUUUCGAAUGUUUUGUGCAAUUGACAGCUGUCAGUUUGACAGAGACUGUCAACUGCACCAAAAAACCGCUGGUACUUCGAAUAAUUCUGCUUUUGGCUUUUUAUUUUCAACUAAUUUCAGUCCGAAUAAAAGUAUAUUAUUUAAUAAUUUGUAAUGUUACCUCAAGAUUUUUGAUAAAUAGUGACUAGUUUAAAGUUUUGUAUACCAAAAUAAUAAUUUAUGUGAUUUUAGAAUUAAAUAGAUUGUUUCAUAAUUAUCUUUAAGUUAAUAAUUAUAAUUGUUUAUAAUAAAGUUUGUUGUGAA